AAGUGGUUCUCUCCAUGUCUACAAGUCUCAGUUCAUAAAGGAGAAAGACAGAAGAAAAAAUGGAAGAAAUUUGGAAGCUAAGCCAUUUGUUGGUGACACUGUUUCUAUACACUUUUGCAACCAUGAUGAUCGUUCCUGCCAUUACAGAUGUUACCAUGUCUGCUCUCUGUCCCGGUCAAGACGAGUGUUCUCUCGCCAUUUACUUAACGGGGUUUCAACAUGCUGUGAUGGGAAUUGGAGCGUUGCUAAUGAUGCCAUUGCUUGGAAACUUGUCGGAUAAGUUGGGAAGAAAGACUCUACUCACCAUUCCUAUGAUUCUCACUGUUGUUCCUCUUGGGAUAUUAGGGUAUGGGAGGUCCAGAAAUUUGUUCUACGUUUAUUUUGUGUUGAAAUGUGUGACAAGUAUAGUCUGUGAAGGAAGCGUUCAGUGCUUGGCUGUGGCGUAUGCGGCCGACAAUGUACCGGAACACCGGCGAGCUUCUGCAUUCGGACUGUUAUCCGCCGUUGGAUCUUCUGCUUUUGUCUGCGGGACUCUCUGUGCUCGUUUUCUCUCCAUUUCAUCCACGUUUCAGGUAGCGGCUUUCACGGCGGCUGUGGCGGUUGUUUAUAUGAAGAUUUUCCUUGCUGAUUCUGUUGCCGAAUGUAUUAUUUCUGCCCCCUUACUUUCUGGUGAGAAUGUAGAAUCUGUUUCUUCGGAUCCAGUGUCGCUAAAAAAAGAACAAAUCAUUACGACCUUGCCUUCGAUCAAGGACCUUUUCGCACUGUUGAAUAUUAGCUUGACAUUUUCACUGGCGGCCAUUGUUGCAUUCUUUGGCAAUCUUGCUGAUGUCGGCCUUUAUGCCUCUCUACUGUACUAUUUAAAAGCCAGAUUUCACUUUGACAAGGAUAUGUUUGCUGAUUUGAUGGUGAUCUCUGGGACUACUUCAACUAUUUCACAGCUACUUUUAAUGCCCAUCUUGAUUCCUGCUUUAGGAGAGAAUAGACUGCUCUCAAUUGGGCUCUUUUUCAAUUGCAUUCAUAUGCUUCUUUACAGCUUUGCUUGGGCUGACUGGGUUGUCUAUGUCGCUCCAAUGUUUUCCACUUUGUUUAUUUUCUGGCGACCUUGCCUACAAAGCAUAGUAUCAAAGCAAGUUGGUGCAAGCGAGCAGGGUAAGGCUCAAGGAUGCAUUUCAGGCAUAUCUUCAUUUGCUCAUGUUGUUUCUCCGUUGGUAUUCUCCCCUUUAACGGCUUUGUUUCUCUCUCAAAACGCUCCAUUUUAUUUCCCUGGAUUUAGCAUCAUGUGCGCAGGAUCUAUUGCCGUAAGAAUCUUUUCUCCACUACAUUACCCAUGCAUAUCGCUGCCCCGCUGGAUAGCUUUAUGUUUAAAUUUAUGUUUUAGUAUUAUGAUUUGAGUUUGGUUUGACUAAUAUUAUUAAUCUUUUCUCCACUACAUUUACCCAUUAUUUUUUUGGUCGCAAAUCUGUUAGGUACCUCUAUUUACGUAUUAUCUUCUUUGUAUUUCACCAUGUUUUUUUUACUUACCUAUUGCAUACUGAUAGAAAGACACAUGCGGCUAUAUUUUCAUUUUCAAAGUUUAAUGAAGGCUUUUGUGCUCUAUGUUGAGCAGCAUUCAUCGUCUUCCUGUGUCCCCUAUACAUUUUGUAUCUGCCAUACAUGGUAGCUUUAUGUAUACUCUACUCCAUUUUAAUUGGCGUCCA